AUGCAGCUUGUAGCAAUCGCUUUAGCUGUGACUAGUACUGCGAUCUUCCUAGCAAUCAGAAGCCGUGCUGCUCGCAGAAUCCUGGACUUGGUGUGCAAUGCCCUUUUAUCUCGCAUACACUACGUCCCUAGCCUGGACGGCGGCAAAAACAUCAAAGGACCUCCUUUCACUUUCUGGGAUGGGCAGAUGACGGAGAAGUUCCUGUGUGCGAGAGAAAGAUCGUAUGAGUGGCAGGCGAAGUACGGUAGCAUCUAUAGAAUAUGGGUUGGACCCAAUCCUGAAGUGGUUAUCACGGAGCCGAAGGAUGUCCAGGCUCUUUACACCAACGCCUCCGACCACGCCAAAGCUCCCGCUGCCAACACGGGAUGGCUGCUCAGCCAAAUCAUGGGCCAAGGCGCAGGCCUGAUCAACGGGCAGCGCUGGAUCAACCUCCGCAAGGAACUCGACCCGCACUUCUCCCACAAAGUCUCUGUCAACAUGGUCGGUACUCUGAACGAACACGCCAAGAUAUACGUUGAGAACAUGGUACAGCACGGCCUUCCCGGCAGACUUGAGAAAGAUGGCAGCGAGCGAUUUGUCGUGAAUGCUGCUCAGGCACUGACAAGAUACCCUUAUUACGAAAUUGCAAACAUGUUCUAUUCGGAUCUAACCCAGCAAGAGAUAGACAGGUUGUGGGAUCUGGGUCAGCUCUUCACCAAGGCCUUUGCUAGUGUCAUCGACGGGGGCAUCAAUAGGUCGAGGCUGACCAAAUGGUUCAAUACGGACUCGUGGAAGCUAACCAAGACGUACAUUGACCAAUGGGAGGAAUUCAACGCCUCUGCAGUCAAGCGUCGUGUUGAAGCUGGAAUCAACGACCAGGUUGUGUCCCUGUUCUUGGCUGCUGAAUCUGGAAAGAUAGACCGCGAGGAGGUGCUCCAAACCCUCGCAGAGUCUCUUUUCGCAAACCUGGAUGUGACAACUCACGUUAUGACUUCUUGUGUCAUCCUUCUCGCCGACAAUACCACGGUCACUGAGAAUUUGCGAAGGGAAUUUUCUGAACAUGCCGACGACAUCGAUUCGUAUCUCGGGAAGAAAGACACGCUGCUUCAUUAUUGUCUGCUAGAGUCCUUGCGGCUCCAGCCAGUGCUGUCGUAUUCGUUUCCGGAGAAGCCGCCACGGGAAAAGAUCCUUGGCGGAUAUCGCAUUCCAAAAGAUAUGACGUGCGUUGUUGACGCUCACGCAAUCAACAUCCGCAAUCCUUUUUGGGGGGCGGACAGCCGGGAGUACCGUCCUAGUCGGUUCUUUUCUAUCCCUGCAACCAAGCUCCGAUACAACCUCCAAGCCUUUGGCUAUGGCCCCAGAAAAUGUCUGGGGAACAACAUCAGCGACAAGAUGGUCCACGCGCUUGUCUAUCAGCUAUUCACUCAAUACGAUUUUGUUGUGAGGCCAAAUAUGAAGAAAGAAAAUGAUUACUACUUCAAAACGGACAAGACAAAUUGGCUUGGCCUAUUCGAUGUGGAAUUAGAAAUGAAGAGAAGGGCAGUGUAG